AUGACGACGAACAAUAACAGUAACAUUCUGGAGAAGAAACGUAGUCUAACCCCUACUUCCACUUCCUCCUCCACGGAAGAAGUCCGUACCAUUGGCAUCUCCGAGCUCGACGGGGCGGCGAAAUGCCUUGCUGAAGCUUUUGCGGUAGAUGAGGUAGCGAGGUAUUUUGUUGAUACGCCCGAUAUGGUGGGCGUGAAGGAAGCGCGGAAGUAUGAUGUUCAUUAUAAGAUUUUGAAGUAUCUUACUGCAGCGCAUUGUUAUAAAGGGCUUGUUACUACGGUGGGGCCGGAUUAUGAUGCUGUUGCUCUCUGGUGUGUGAUUCUUUCUCACUUUCUCACACUCAGACCGCUUUCCAUCAUUCCCUUAAACUCAUUCCUUGAUUACAUCAAAAUUCCCCGUUCCUUCUUUCUGUAAAUGCCAUCUCUGAGGUAGUCUAAUGGUCUCCGUAAGCAAAUCAUUAACACCAACAUAGGUUGCGACCCGGUGAAGACAUGGACGACUGGUUGACCUUCUUCCGCAGCGGUCUGUGGAGAUUGUACUACCAGCUUUCCUCCGAGGGACGAACCCGCUUCUUCAAGGAGUUCUUCCCCUUGCUGCAUGCGACGAAGCAUGCAGUGAUGGGGGAACGUGAUGAUGAUAGCUAUUACCUGGUUUACCUUGGGAGUAAGAGGAGUGCCAGGGGUAAGGGGUAUGCGAGGAGGUUGAUUGAGGAUAUGGUUGGGAAGGUGGGUUGGGUUUUGUUUGUUGUUCUUUCUGUCUCUUUUCUCUUUUUACUCUCUCUCUUUCUGUGGGUGUAUACAUUCGAUGCAUCAUGAAUCAACAGGAAGUUUUCAAUCACAUCUUCAAAAUGUCAAGCGACACAAUUCCGUCAUCCUCAAACUCACACUUCACACCUUCCUUCACCCUUACACUUCACGCUUAACCCAACCUAACUAACUAAUCCUCACGAGUACACAGGCAGAUACCGAAGGCAGAGCAACAUACCUCGAGUCCAGCGCCGCCACGAACCUGAGCUACUAUGCUAAAUACGGGUUCGUGCAUCAGUUUGAUAUCGCGCUCCAGAGGGCCGUGAGACCGGUCGUUUUGCAUGUUAUGGUUCGCGAGCCCGUGGGGAAGGUGGGUGAGGGGGAGGGGAUUUAG